AUGUCAUAUAAACUCAAAAGUCAUUCAGGCGCUAAAAAAAGAUUCUUUCCCACUGCCAAUGGUAAUUAUAAACGAUGGCAAGCGGGUCUUCGACAUUUGAACAGUGGAUUAUCACCUGAAAGAACAAACCGAUUAUCAAGAACUGUGUUUGUAAACAAUACACAGAAAAAGAUGCUUAAAAAGGCUUUACCUUAUUCUUGCUGA